AUGUCCGAUAAUAACAAUGCUUUAUCUAAUUUAGAAAACUAUAUUUUAAGCGAUAAUGAGAAUUUUACCAAUAAUAAUUCAGGAAGUGAGAUGGCCUAUUCUAAUUCUAAACGAAAAGAUAAUGAAAUUACUAAUAAAAAUAUGAAUAGACAAAAGAAGAUUCUUCAAGAUUUACAGAAAAAGAUUGAUGUGAUGUAUUUAGAUUGGAAAGCUGAUUCUAUUAGCCAAGCAAUUUAUAGUGCAAAUAAAAAAGUUAAAUAUCUGGAUGACGAAUGUCUUAUGAAAACCCAGCAGUUUUGUCAUCAAGCACAAAGUAAUAUUGUCCAGCAUAUUAAGGAUUCUAUUCACACUAAAUUCAAUGACCUUCCAAAGUCCAAAACAAAGAAUCGACAAAUUAUGCAUAAUGAAGAACGAAGAUUCAAAAAUACUAACAUUAUACGAGAAUGCUAUAUGAGAUUAAAUAAACCUGUUAAUACUAAUGAUGACCCAAACUACAUCUAUUUUAAUUUAAUUAUUGAUAAUACUUUUAUGGAUCCGAAGACCGAAAAAAAUUCUAUCGCAUUUGGGAUAGCAGUUAUAUUAAACUAUCUUGACCCUUCAAAAGGGUUUAAUAUGGUUCUGAGUGAGAUUGUAGAACGAAUGAACUAUUUUCUUGAAAAGAUACAAGUUCCAGAGCGUGAAGAAUUGUCUUGA